AAAAAAAAGCAGUGUUUUUGUCCAAUACUGGACGUUUAAUGUACAGUUCAUCAGGUGUGAGCAGUCUUUUAAUUGUAAUGUUAACUAACGUGUGAUCUCAGUGAUAUGUUAAUCUUGUGUUACGAGCCAUCUGGAAGACGCAUCUCUCCGAACAGGCUUCGAAAACAAGGAAAGAAAAAGCACAUUGGAUGUCCAAAAAUCAGAAUCUCCCUUUCAACAGUUUACUGUAAAAGGAAAACGGUGAUUCGUAUUUAAAUUUCAUUCAUUUGGUACAUGGAAGCGUUAAAAGUCUAAAACUGUUGCAUAUCCCAAAACUAAGAUUUUGUUUUAAUUAUGUAGUUUGAUCGCGUAUUUUUGUAUUACGAAUUUAAGGAUUGGUGGGGGUGUUUCCGCCCCCUAUACUGCAAAACAGGAAGAUUCUUCACAGACCCCGGUAUCGACUAUUUGUGGGCUAAGGCUGAACUUCGGUGGACGAAGUCCCCGAACUCUUCCGAUCCUGUCCGUAAACAGCCGAGUCUGAAGAGCCGAAGAAUUCCGAAAAGACCCGAAGCAAACCCCGGAAGUGUUUUUUUUUUACGUACGGUGUGAGUCAGAUUACAAUGGGGGUAACUGCAAUGAAACGAAUCAAAUCUUUUUACACUUAACUGUAACAAAGGAAAAUACUACAGCUUCCGAAACAAGGACUAUUCGGUAUCCGGCUCUUGAAUGCUGUUCGGUAGACCUCGCUCGGCCACGGGCCUGAUGAGUGGACGGCAUGCCUGUACAAGACUGAAAUUCUGAGGUCAGGGAGCAUGCAGUCUUCGGGCCACCGGCUUCGUGAUGUGGAGCACCAUCCUCUGCUGGGUGGGGAGGAGGACUUUGAGGGGCCCCCGGGUGACGGGGAGCGCGUCUGGUUCAUCCGGGACGGCUGCGGCAUGAUCUGCGCCUUCAUGACCUGGUUCCUGGUCCUCUACGCCGACUUCGUGGUGACCUUCGUCAUGCUGCUGCCCUCCAAGAGCUUCUGGUACGCCCUGAUCAACGGCGUGGCCUUCAACUGCUUGGCUGUGCUGGCCCUGUCCUCGCACCUGCGCACCAUGCUGACUGACCCGGGUGCUGUGCCAAAGGGCAACGCCACGAAGGAGUACAUGGACAGCCUGCAGCUCAAGCCAGGGGAGGUCAUUUACAAGUGUCCAAAGUGCUGCAGCAUCAAGCCGGAGAGAGCCCACCACUGCAGUAUCUGUAAGAGGUGUAUUCGGAAAAUGGAUCACCACUGUCCCUGGGUCAACAACUGUGUGGGGGAGAACAAUCAGAAGUUUUUUGUGCUCUUCACAAUGUAUAUAGCAAUCAUUUCCACCCAUGCGCUCAUCCUGAGUGGACUGCAGUUUUUCUCCUGUGUCAAAGUCCAGUGGAGUGAGUGCAGUGACUUCUCCCCCCCGGUGACCGUCAUCCUCAUGAUCUUCCUGUGCUUGGAGGGGCUGCUUUUCCUCACCUUCACUGCCGUCAUGUUCGGCACCCAGAUCCAUUCCAUAUGCAAUGACGAGACGGAGAUCGAGCGGCUGAAGAACGAGAAGCCCACGUGGGAGCGCCGGAUGCGCUGGGAGGGGAUGAAGACGGUGUUCGGGGGGCAGCCGUCCCUGCUGUGGAUCAACCCCUUCGCCGGGCUGCGGCUGCGGCGCCUGCUCCCCCGCGCGGCCCGCCGGGGAGGCCCCGAGUUCUCCGUGUGAGGCCCCUCCUCCCCCCGCCCGCCCCAGAAACCUUCAGUCUGUGGCACCCCACCUCCCCACCCCCCAGUCCUUCAGUCUGUGGCACCCCUCUCCCCCCCACGGGCCGGGGACAGAGCAGCCCCCAGCCGGGCGGACUGGACAGCCGCUGCCUCCACACGCGUCCCGGGCGCCCCUCCUGGCCCUGCUGCCUGCCACGGUCCGAGACCUCCCCAGCCAGAGCGGCGCGACACCCGAGGAGCUCGCCUGGCGCAGCACCCGAGGAGCUCGCCUGGCGCAACACUAUAAAAGCCUCCGAAAGGUGGACGAGACUUCGCAGGGAGCCCCCGGCCUGUGGAAGCGCUUGUGUCGGAGGGGACGUGGUGGAGCUUGUCUGGGGAAAGCGGGGCUGUCCCACGUGCUGUUUUUAUUCCCUCCCGACAUGUCCUGUGUUUCUAUAUCAGUGCUGCUUACUUCUUUUUCUAAUUACUAGUUUCUAAUUAAUUCUGGGUCUGUAUUGGGUCCACAAUCCACAGCACAUGGCAGUAUUGGUCUUGACCAGGCCCGCCUGAGCCAGCAACUACAGAACUGACCAGCAGGCAGAGCAGCUGGAGAAACUGCUGUACAAAUCCUUUGGAGAGUUCUUAAUCAAGGCAUUUCACUCUUAUCUUUCUCUCCCUUCUUCCGUUUGAACCUUUAUGAGGUGUGGUUUUUAGAAGGCUACUGCAGGAUCUUCAUUUUACAUGCCUCUAAGGUAAAUGAAUGCAGUAUAUUAAACAAACAGUCAUUAUUGUUGAUCCCCACCUCCAACACACUCUUCGUUUCAUUUUCUGUUAGGUAAGAGUGUGCAUCAGCUGUCCUUUUCAUUAUGAGGGUAUCCAAGACACAUUAGUGCUAGUUAUUGCUGUGCAGCAGCCAGUGAUCAGGAUAAAUACAGGCAGUAGUCAGAAGCCAGUGCAUUUCCUGAGCUGGCCGUGAGGAGCACCUCGGGCGCCUUGCGGAGGGCAGAGCAGGGGAGCACGAGGUUGGUGUGGCUGAGGCCUUGCUGCCCAACUGAGGUGCCCCUGAGCCUGUGAGGUUAGGAAGAAUAGGCAAGGGCAUGCUUCUCGGAAAGAGCUCGGAGAGACCCGACGUCCGUGAUAAUCCCUUCGCAGCCCGUGGAGUAGAAGACCCUGGGCUGGAGAGAGGGCGCAGGGCACUCGGAAUGCUCUUGGGCCGGAAGCGAGUUGCACAAGAGGCAGUUGUUUGAAGCCUGCAAGGCCCUGUAAGGCGUGCAGCUUACUUGAGCUCUUUUAAAUCGUCGUAUCUCCAGCUGUUGUUUUUUUUUUUUAGCUGCGAGGUGUCGCUCAGUGGUAAGGUUAUUGUGGUCACGUUUGUUGUUUAAAACUGCCCCCAUAGCAUUCAAAGAAGCCACUUUCUUCGGUGCUGCUGCUUUCAAAGGUGACAGACGUCUGCCGGGGGACAAGCUGGCGAGCCUGGCAGCCUCAGACAGGCCUGCCCUUGGAGAGCCUGUGCCGGUCUCAUGGUAUCUUCUGUUCCGUCCUUUCACGGCUGGUCUUGCUGAGCUCCGAUUGUGCACGACUGUCUACAAACCCCUCAUCUCUCUGGGUCAAGUCAGUGGGGCUGGAAUAGAUGGUAGAUAAUUGCCUGUACUGUAUUAAUGAGUCUCCUAAAGGCCAAAUAUUGUAAAUGCACACUUUCCUAAAACAGUAUAAAGACUGCAUGUAUCCGACUUUUUUAGGGAAAGUAUACAUAAGCUGCCAUCAAUGCCAAAUUAAAAAUAGUUUUCUGCAGCUGGUGAUUAAGUGGAUAAGUCACUGAAUGAACAAUAGUAUUUCAUGUAUUUGUUUUCCUCGCAUUACCUUUUAAGCUCUUUAACCUCCUUCUUUUUCUCCUUCCCAUGACUCAAAAGUGAGGUUGCGAUAACUUUAGCCAAAAUCAAGGAACUCGGUAUUUACACAUCAUGAAGCUAAUAAAGCAUUUCGUUCUGCACCUGGCCUUUUCAGACUGUGCCUGGUGUAGCGCCCCAUUGAAGACGAUCAAAUCAUCGCUGUCCUUUGUUGGAAAACUGUGAUAAGAAUAAAUGGCACGUGUUUGGUUUUUAA